UCAGCCCUCAGCCCUCAGCCGAGCGGGGGCUCGCCGCGCUGGGCCAGGCGCGGCGCGGGCCGGGCGCGUUUCAGCACCGCCAGCUCGGGACGGCCGCCCCGGCAUGCCCCUAGCGCCGCUCCGGUGACUUUCCGCUCGCGCCGGCUCUCCUCUGCUCCCUUUCUCAAUGACAAGCAGAUUUUCUUCUUGUGUGCUGGCUUUGCUACUCUUUUGUUACUCCUCUGAUUCUUAUGGAGCAUCGACAUUGCCUGAUCCUCGGGAUCCGACGUUUAUUCGGGACUGUGUGGAAACCCAUAACACAUUGCGGGGGAGAGUGGAUCCUGCGGCCAGCAACAUGCGCUACAUGACUUGGGAUCCAGAUUUGGCAAAGACUGCAAAAGCUUGGGCAAAGAAAUGCAUAUUUAAACAUAAUAUACACCUCAGAGAGCGAGGCAAAGUUCAUCCCAGAUUUGAUUUUGCUGGAGAAAACAUCUGGACAGGCUCGGUUUCUGUCUUUACUGUGAAAACAGCCCUCUCCUCUUGGUUCAACGAGGUCGAAUUCUACGAUUACGACACCAAUAAGUGCGAUAAAGUAUGUGGCCACUAUACACAGGUAGUUUGGGCUACAAGCUACAAGGUUGGUUGUGCUGUCCAAUUCUGUCCCAAGAUGGCACUCAUCUCCAUACGCAAUGCAGCACACUUCGUCUGCAACUAUGGGCCGCCUGGAAAUUACCCAGUGCGCCCAUACAAGACGGGAGCAGCAUGCAGCGAGUGUGGUGGUGAGCAGUGUGUCGACCAGCUGUGUCGAAAUGCAGACCGUGACAAAGUCAUUGAGGAUUCCUGGUGGCGUCCAGAGUGGGACAGAUCUGCAUGUGAUGAGUUCUGCAUCUCCAUUACUACUUUAAGAUUUCUACUCCUUAUACUGACAUUUGUGGCCACCUGGCUCAUACCAAAAUAUUCGUCUCUAGUACCUGCCAGUGGGUAACACACAUGUAGAAGACCACAAGAGCAUUUGGCUCAACUCAUCUCUUCCAUUCACAUAAGUUACAGGCAGCACAAGCAUUGGUAGAGACAUUGUUUGCAUCCACAGGUGAUUAAGACAUACAGAAAUAACAUCUUUAUUGCAGGUCAUAGUUACAAGCACUGAUAAGCAGCUUUCUCACUGCUCAGAACCAGUUAAAAGUUAAAAUGGUUUUAGAUGUUAAAAUUUUUUUAAAAGUUAAAAAGUUAAAAUACUUUUAAAGUGGAGCAGUGUGCACGUGAUCUCGUGGGUACAGGAGCACAUAGUCCAGGCAGCACACUAAGGUGCAGGCAGCUGCCCAACACACUUUAGGAAGGGCUGGAGAGUGUCCAGCCCAGGAGCCAGGCCCCAGCCCACAGCUAAGGCACAGACAGAGCAUGCACCUGCCUCAUUCCUAUUGCACUCUUAUCUUGGGCGCUCCUACAGCAAGAUGCAGAGUGGUCUGUAAAAUUAAAAAAAAAUUUUAAGGAAUUUUUUGGAUCCCUGUGAGUGCUGGAAUUUGCAUCCUGUGGCAGGCAACGCACUUCCCAGUCUCACAGAGUGCUUGUCACUGGUAUUUUGCUUUGCUUAGAAUUUGUUUUUAAACUCAUGGCAUCUGUGCCUAACCAGUUUUACCUAUGAUUACAUGGUUAUGUAUCACUGCAAUCCUUCCUGUUGUGGUUUUGGUUUUUUUGAGCAUGGAGGUUUUACUGCUGUUUCAAACAAUAAAUUGUUAUUUCCUG